AUGUUUGCAAUUAUUGACUGGAUUAGAAAUAUACCCGUCCAUAUGGUAAGAUGUCAUUUAUAAAUCUGACUGUGAGCUAGGUGUGUAAAGUAUUGUAAUGUUGCAUGUGCUUCAACAGUGCUUGUCUCAGUUGUCUGUUUGACUACUAAAAGUUGCAUGUCUUGUUGUAAGUAUUAAUAUUUCUGGCGGUACAUGUUGCACUACAGUACUAUUACUGACACAAUAGUAGUUCAUUCUUACCAGAAUUUUCCUAAUAGUUGCAAAUCAUUUAAUCUGAAAUCUGAAUCGGAUUGAUGGAUUUAAAUCCUUUAAAUAUUGAAUCCUUGUCAGGGUUGCAAAGAGAUCAGAUUAGAAAAUUGCAAGGAGCAAUUGUAUGGCCAGCUGAAAUUGGAUAUGAAAUUAUCACAAUUCAGUAUCACAAUGAACUGAUUACAAUUACGUCAAUUGCUAUUUUUCUUUGAUUCUAACAAACUGCCCAAUCCGAUGCAAUCUGCUGUUGGAAUGACUAUAUGACAUUAUAAAGUUAAACUUCUGACUUCAAUUUCCUCAGGACUAUAAAGGCCAACAGUUUGCGGAAAAGGUGUUCAAUGGGAUCUUGAUUUUAUUUGGUGUAAGUAAAUUUAUAUUGACUAACUUUGUUUUCUUUCAAUUGGUCAAGCAUUUAGGGAAUAACAUUCUAAGUUAUUUUUUAGAUAUGUGGUUUUUGCUGGGGUUAUUAUAAACAACAGUUUCAUCUGACAGUUUUAAUAUUAUUGGCUGGAUUUCUACUGAGUUGUAUUGUAAGUAUAUUCGAUCUAGCGUUACCUAAGUAAUAGCAUCUUGUUCUUCAACACCGCACACACUUGGUUUUUUAACGUCGGCAUAAUAAAAAAGUUUUGUUUUGCAUUUUUACAGAUUGUACUCCCACCGUGGCCAUUUUAUCGAAGAGAUCCGUUACAGUGGCAGAAACCACGAGACACUGCAGAGAAAAGCGAAGCUAAAAAAGAUGCCCGGAAAAAACCCAAAGCAAACUAA